AAAGUACCUCAAUCUUUCCCAGCCUCCAGGGGUUUAAUUCUGAUCUGUAAUAAGUCUCUGACCCACAGCUCAGAUUUGCAGAAGGAUUUUGCAAAGCUGUGGUUAAUGAUUAGAAAUCCUUUAUCACCUCAGCCCGUGGUCCUUUGCACUUCGCUCCCCUCCCUCAGGAUCCCUUUCUCCCUCUCCAGGGGCAUCGCCCCCUCCAAGGCUCUGCAAAGAACUGCCCUGUAAGUAUCUCCAUCCUGAUAUGGUUGCUGCCUUUUAAAUUCACUAAGGUCUUCUACAUGCCUUCUUGAGCCUGCUUGUGGCCACCCACAGACACUUGUAAGGAGGAGAGAAGUCGACCUGGCAGAGAGACUCUGAAAUGAGGGAUUAGAGGCAUCCAGGAGCAAGAGCUUCAGUCUGAAGACAAGGGAGCAGUCCCUGAAGACGGUUCUACUGUGAGGUCAGCCAUGGCCUCUCUUGGCCUCCAACUUGUGGGCUACAUCCUAGGCCUUCUGGGGCUUUUGGGCACACUUGUUGCCAUGCUGCUCCCCAGCUGGAGAACAAGUUCUUAUGUCGGUGCCAGCAUUGUGACAGCAGUCGGCUUUUCCAAGGGCCUCUGGAUGGAGUGUGCCACACACAGCACAGGCAUCACCCAGUGUGACAUCUAUAGCACACUUCUGGGCUUGCCCGCCGACAUCCAGGCUGCCCAGGCCAUGAUGGUGACAUCCAGUGCAAUCUCCUCCGUGGCCUGCAUUAUCUCUGUGGUGGGCAUGAGAUGCACAGUCUUCUGCCAGGAAUCCCAAGCCAAAGACAGAGUGGCAGUAGCAGGUGGAGUCUUUUUCAUCCUUGGAGGCCUCCUGGGCUUCAUUCCUGUUGCUUGGAAUCUUCAUGGGAUCCUGCGGGACUUCUACUCACCACUGGUGCCUGACAGCAUGAAAUUUGAGAUUGGAGAGGCUCUUUACUUGGGCAUUAUUUCUUCCCUGUUCUCCCUGAUAGCUGGAGUCAUCCUCUGCUUUUCCUGCUUAUCCCAGAGAAAUCGAUCCAACUACUACGAUGCCUACCAAGCCCAACCUCUUGCCACGAGGAGUUCUCCAAGACCUGGUCAACAACCUCCCAAAGUCAAGAGUGAGUUCAAUUCCUACAGCCUGACAGGAGACUUGUCCAACUCAGCACUGUCUAGAGAAGGGGAUUCAAAGCAGCCAGUGAGAACACCCAUGGGCAGAGGCCAGCAAGUCCAAGACCUCCUGGAGUGUAAGAAGAGGAUCCUGAUGGCUGUUUGGGUAUCAGGAAAGCUGCCAAGUGAUAUCCGUGAGUGAAAAACCCAGUCAAGGGUAAAUGAAUUCCAUGUUGUUUGGAGGGAUAUUCAUUACAUAAGUGAACAAUUUCCUCAUCAUGAGGGCAGUUAAACAUUGUGUGGGAUUGUGAAACUGUCUUCCUUGGAAAUUCCUGUUAGUGUGGGCUCGCUUUAGCAUUUUCCUAUUAAAAGGAAGAAGACAAGACUAAUCAUUUUCAAGAUAGGCAGUAUGGUGUAAUAAGCAGUGAGUUUGGCCUCUGGAGUCAGACAAAUCUGGGUUUGAAUUUUGCCUCUGCACUCUAGUUGGAUGGCUUUGGGAAAUCCACUUCAAUUUUCUACAGCUCAGUUUCCUCAUUUUGUAAAAUGUGGAUGAGAGCUGCCUCUCAGAGUGGUCAUGGCACACAGUAGGUGCUAACAAAAUGGAUAAUGAAUAAGUAGAUUGGUGACCUAAAGGUAGGGUCAAAGACACACCAAAAUGUGUGUCUUUGGGGAAUGGGGGCAGACAACGAAGUGUAUUUUCUGCCAUAGAUCUGAAUCCAUGUUAUCAAGGGAAUGGUCUUUCCCAGGCCAAAACUUCUCAAGAUUCUUCACCAAAGCUGAAACACCUUGAAGACCUUGGGUGGGUUUCUACUUGUAAAAUGUGGGAAGCCAGGGGAAAGGCAGACCUGAGAAGCUGGAGAGGGAAGGGAUAAUGGUGGCUUUCAUCCAGAUCUGUGACCAUAUGGAUUGGAACAGAUCCAUGAUUAAUCAGGUCUCACUGCUAAAGAGAUCAGUCCAAGGUAACUACACACUGCAGUUAACAUCCCAAAUUUAGGGACAACUGGAGAGAUUUCAACAGCUACUUCAUCCUAAUUCAUAAAGCAGGUUUAGCAUAGGACCUCUUGGCAGCAUUUCCCAGCCCUUGGUUGAUUCUGUUCCCUAAUGGUUCACAUUGGAUAAUCCACUCUCUCCACUCUCUGGAACCCUCCUGAUAUUUCUGUAUUCACUCCCCACCCAGUCUUAUGACUUUGCUUACUCUUCCCUAUACCUGCAAAACCCUCCCCACACAUCUUCAGCUUUCCAAUCCUGCCAGGUUUCCAGGGCCAAUCUGGAAGAACAGACCUGGAACACUUUCCUGAGCCUCUGUCUAUAGUCAUCUUGCCUGCUCGAGGGCACAAUGGACAGAUAUAUGGAAGGUGCUUGGUAUGCUGAAAGCACCCAAAACAUUUGCACGAUUUUAUCUAAAAUUGGGUUGGGAAUUUCUGGUGAUUCACAUAAAAAUUUUGGGCUUAGUGAUGGGGGCAAGCAGCAAAACAAAUUUCUUCUGGAAGAUUUUAUUUUCUACUAGAAAAUGAAUGCCAUUUUUGUCUCACUUGGUAACUAAAGCUUUAAUAUACACAAGACUAAGUCAGCUUUUCUUUCAAUUAUCUAAUUUAUUAUCCAAACAUGUGCUCUAAAUUUUGAUUCAGAAAGUAUUGUUCCUGAACUCUCCCCUUUGCCUAAUAUAAGUCACGAGUUAAGAGAUGUCCUUUUCACAAAGCUAAGUCAUUCUUUGGAGGAAAUUAAACUUUACUUAGCCUGGGAUCACACCCAGCAUUCCUGAGUAGACCCCUGUGCUUCACUCCUAAUAUAGUACUAUAGAAAAGGGUUUGAAUUCAUAUAUAGAAUCUGAAAGACAUUCUAUCUGGAGACUGCCUCUGGGAAUGAAGGGCUUCCAAUUAAGCCUCUGUCUCUGAAUUGUUAGCCCAGAUAAUUCGCAAUCACUAAACCUGGGUAAGCAAAUUUUCCUAUUCCCUGGGGCCACAAGGUACCUGGUCUAAGCUUCAACCAGGUGCCCAUUAGUUCAUCCAAAAAGCACGUAACGACUUCCUUGUGCCCAGAACUUGUUCCCUAGAAAUUACUUCUGUCUGUUCUUUGCUUGUGGAUAGCUCCUUUCUUCUCUUGAUGCAAACUAUCACCACUCUUGGAAAAAGUGAACAGAUGUCUCCUCAGGAUGCUUUCUUCCUCCUUUUAGUUCUCAUUCUCAAGAUCUGGUCUCUCCAGACAUCUCCUGGUUAUGUUCUAUAGUAUUUAAAAAUUGCAUGCCAGGGACCCUCCUUUUGGUAAGACUGAGAAUGUUUGUAGUAAAGAAUACCCACAUUCCUGUUCUCCUUUGGUAGCCUUUCUAUCUAACCAUACCAAAGAUCAGCUAGAGAGAAACACUAGGCCACUUCAGCUCACACCGAUUGCCCCUUAUAACCUAUAGCACUUAUUAUCUCAGUCCUUCAUUUUCCAAGUUGAAUGUCCAGGAUUGUCAUCUACCUCACUCAUUCUGUAUUUAUCCAACCCCUUCUAUGAACAAGGCAUUGUUUUAGGCCCCUGGGGGAGAUAAAGAUAUGAACAAAACACAGUUCCCAUCAUUAACUAAUUACCUCCUAGAUCCCAGGUACCAUGAUAAGCUCUAGGAUAUAGUAGUUGGCAACAACAGGCAUAGCCCUUUCCCUCGUGGAACUUACUAGUAAGGGAUGCAGAUGGACAGCAUGUGUGUUGUGUUCACCACUGUAUAUCACAUGGCACACAGUCAGUACCCAAUAAAUAUUUGUUGAGUGAAAAUAAAUGACCAAAUAGAUCAUGAUAAAUUGUGAGAUGCUAUGAAUUCAGGAAAACACGAAACAGUGAUAGCAUAAUAGGGCAGAUAGAGACAAAAGGCUGCCAGGGAAUGCUUGUCUGAGAAAGUGACACACCAAGACCUGAAGGAUAGAGACUAGCCAGCUAUAUGCCAACACUAGAGAUGAGAACAUUCUAGCGGAGGGAGCAGUAUGGGUAAAGUAUGCUUGGGGAGAGGGAACAGCAGGGUAAAGUCUCUGAAGUAAGUAAAGCUUGACAUGUGCCCAUAGGAAGACUACAGUGAGCCAGGGGGAAAGUUGUACAUGAAGAGGGGUCGCAAGAGACGAAGUACAAGUAGGCAGGGGCCUUGCAGGAUACUGUAAUCAGUUUGGAUUUUAUUCUAAGUGCCAAUGAGAAGUCAUUUAAAAGUUUCAAGCGGGGGAAUCACAUGAUCUAUUACUUAUUUUUAAAAAAUCAUUCGGUCUAUAGACAAUUGUAGGAACAAGAGUAGAAGCAAGGACUCCAGCUAGGAGUUAUAAUAUCCCAUGGGAGAUCAUGGCAGUUUGGACUAAGGUAGUUGUAGUAAAAUUGAGGAGAGUCAAGACAUACUUUGGAGGUGGAACUGAUAGACUUGUUGACGGGCUGGAUGAAGGGAGUGAGAGAAGAGGAAACUUAAGGAUGACUUCCAGGUUUUUAGCUUAUGCAACUGGAUGAGUAGAGGUGCCAUUUUCUAAGAUGAGGAAAACCUGGAGAAGGCGAACAGCCCCAGGGUGCAUCACUGUUUAUUUUUAAUGAGGCAUGUAAGUGUAAAUGUCAAGUAGGCACAGGACAAGGAUGUUUGUGAUAAAAGCCUUAUAAAUAAUACAAAACUUAAAUGUUUACAGAGAAAUUUUGUGUCUAGCUGGGUUAAUCAGAGAAGUUUGCAGAAAAAAAGUUGGCAUUGGAGCCAAAGGAAAGAUGAUGAGGGAAAACAUUCCAGGCAAAGGGAAUAAAAUCGCACAGGUGGAGAUGCAAAGACGUGUUCAGAAACUGGAAAAUCAUUCCGUUUAGAUGGAAUGUGGCUAGUAUCUGGAAUGUUACAAGAUGACCAUAGAAAGGGUGAUUGAAGCCAGAUCACAAAGGGCUUUGAGCACCAUCAUAGGGAAUUUGUAUUGUACUUGGUGAGCAAUUGGGAACACUAGCAAGUCUUUGAGCAGAGGUCUGACCUGAUGAAGUUGUUAAAAAACAAAAUUU